AUUGCCGCUAUGUCACCAUUCUCGUCUGAGCUUUUGCCACCCUUAGAAGCGAUAACACCUGAUAACAGAGGCCCAGCGCUCACAAUUGUAGCCUUCAUCUUUCUAUUCGUGACUCUAAUUGUUGUCGUCGUCAAAUUUGGGUCCACGUUAUACUCGAAGACGGUGCUUUUCAGCACGGAUGCACCUCUUUGGAUUGCUUUGGUCAUCGCUUUCAUCCAAAGUCUUCUCACUCAAUUUGCGGUUGACAAUGGCCUUGGAAGACACACCUCUUCUCUUUCCUCUGCUGAAUUCUCUAAGUACAACAAGUUGACUUAUGCCGCUCAACUACUCCCGAUUUUGGUCCUUUCACUCUCAAAAGUGUCAACAUGUCGAUUGAUUUACAGAAUCACACCGGGUCAACACAUCAGACAAGCCAAUAUGGUUGUCGUCAUAGUUGUCGGUCUAUGGACAGUUUUUGCACUUUUUGCCACGGCCUUUCAGUGUCGGCCACAGUGGGAGUAUCUGCCUAGUCAAUGUGCCGGGGAGGGAGCCGUUGCAUACCCGAUCAUAAUUAUCAACAUCCUUACGGACCUGGCACUGGUGGUACUGCCGCUGGUUAUGCUUUGGAACGUGCAAAUGCCAUUUCAGAAGCGUCUCCAAAUCAUUGCUUCGUUCUGCGCACGGCUCAUUGUGGUAGCAGUCAGUAUCACCGAACUAGUAUACCUGCCGACAUACUUGCGCUCAAACGAUCCAACAUGGACUAUUGUCAACGUCGAAAUUUGCAAUGAGCUCACGAUGUACCUCAGCAUUAUUGCAGCCUGCAUGCCUUCCAUAUAUCGCAUUCUCAGCAGCUUAAAGUCAGGAUUAAACGACGUCCAUGUAUCUGAUAUCGAGCUCAACACGACUCAAGGAGCUACCGGUUCAAGAUCCAUGUCUCGAAACCAGGCUGGCUCCAGCUCCCGCGCAAGAAGGCACUCAACGCUUUUGCCAGGCUUCCGAGGCACUGAUCUAUUCUCCAGGGAUGAUAAUAUGACGCAAAAUGGACUGUAUACGAUACACGAUAGUGGGGUUCGCAGGGAUAGGGAUGGUGCAGAAAGCACGGAAAGCACUCAGUGGCUGACAGAAGAAGAUCAGCUACCGGUCGACGGAGUCAGGAAGACGGUGGACAUAUACGUAGAAGUCCACGAUAAUCCAUCAUGAACGUUUUGCAUAGUCG